GAGGGAGCGACGCACCGGCCCUGGAAAAGCAAGCCAGGGCCUUCCGCAGCUUGGAGCGGAAUUGGCGGGGAGUCUCGAGCCCUUUAUGCAAAGAAAGCCCAGGAGCGCAAAAGUUAGCGCCGGAAGCGGAGAGUGGCCUCCCGUCGAGCGGGAAGCGUGACUCGGCACCUCGGGGAGUUCACGGGUUGGAUCAAGUUGCGUGAAGGAGGGAAGAGCCUUCUCUCCCCACACUAGGGGGAAGAAAAUGCAGGAACUUGACAAGAUUGAAAUCUUGAAUCCAGAAUGGAUUUGCCAACCCAAAACUGAUGACAGAAUUCAGAAUGGUACAAAGCAGAAUAAUUAUGUUGAUUGUGUUGAUAACCUUUUUGAAGAAGCUCAGAAAAUUGGGGCCGUAUGCUCAGAGCAGGCUAAGGCCGAUACAAUUAUUACAUUAUGGAAAAACGGUUUUACAGUAAAUGAGGGUGAACUCCGAAGUUACACAGAUGUUGCCAACCAGCGCUUCUUGGAUUCCAUUAAAAGGGGGGAGCUGCCUUUCGAGUUGCAGAAGAUCUGUGACAAAGAAGAGGUGGAUGUGAAGGUGGAUGAUAAGAAGGAUGAGUUAUAUACGUCGCCGAAGGCAGUAUUUCAUCCUUUCUCUGGAGCAGGAUAUCGAUUGGGAAGUGCUACACCUAGAAUAAUUUCCAAAGUAAAAAAAAAAGUGGAAGAAACUGAAAAGAGAAAACCGACAGUAGUGCUAAAUAAUUCAGAACCUAUCACUAGAAUCCAGAUUUGGUUAGCAGAUGGAGCACGGAUAGUACAAAACUUCAAUAUUUCUCAUAGAAUAAGCCAUGUCAGAGACUUCAUAACUGACUACCAAAGACAUCGAGGAAGAAGACCUUUCACACUGACUACUUCACUUCCUUUUCAAGAGUUGUUGAACGAAUCUCUCACCCUAGAGGAAGCUAACUUAAAAAACACUGUUGUUGUGCAAAGACUUAAAAAUAAUAUUGAGCCUUUCCGAAGUUUCUCUUCCUAGCAUUCUCUACCUAAAAGAAAGAACAGUUGCAGG